CCUUGCUUUCACCACCCACCUGUAUGUUCUCAAUAUAUACGUCACGACCGCGACACGAAGUCAUAUUAUUGCAAGAUGGGGAUGUUCAUGAGCUUCAUGGGAAAGGGUCUGCCAACAACUCAGUUGCUAAGUUCGUUAACGGGAACCCUUGAAAGGCAGUUCAUGGAGAAAGAUGUCUCAGACUUUGACAAAUUCCAUAUGACGAUUCUUGAUAUGUUCAACACAGUGAAUGCAGCAUUGCCUGGUAAACACUAUAAUGUUCCUUUACAAGAGGAAGUUCAGGUGUGCUUUGAGGCCUGGGACAAGGCAGAGGAGUCAAGAAGGAAGGAAAUUAUAAUGGAAUUCAUGAUGAAGAGGGUGAAUAUUAGCAAAUUGGAUGAUUUUACCCUCAUAACCGGACUAGUAACACCUCCGGCUGCUAUGGCAGCCAAGAGAGCCGGCGAGAACGUUCCCCAGCUUAAAUUGAUCAAAGCACUUCCCGAUGUUAUUUUUGUGCCCUCCAUUACAGUGCUGGCUCUAGUUUCUGCCAAAUUAUCCCAGAAGAUGAUUCUUGGUGAGGUUGGCUCAUAAAUAUACAAGGCAAUAUGCAUAAUUUCUGUGAUGUUCCAGAAUAUUGUGUAGAUCAACAGGUUGAAUAAACAGUCCUUUGUCUCAAUUAAUCAGUUGUUCAAUUGUUAACAAAGAAUGCAAAUAAAUGUAAUUUAUUAUUCAGAAAAUUUUCCAUGUCUAUGGAAACUAUUCGCAAUUGUUUAAUUUCA